UGUGGCCACCAAUGGGUGGCGGGGGACAGCCCCUGCCAGCGCUGGGUGAGGCCCGGAACUCCCAGUUAGCCCAGUGCGAGGGGGGCCGUGGUGCUGGGCGAGAUGCGGGGCAAGGAUGAUGAGUACGAUUAUCUCUUCAAAGUUGUGCUCAUCGGGGACUCGGGGGUGGGGAAGAGCAACCUGCUCUCGCGCUUCACCCGCAACGAGUUCAACCUGGAGAGCAAGAGUACCAUCGGGGUGGAGUUCGCCACCAGGAGCAUCCAGGUGGACAACAAGACGGUGAAGGCUCAGAUCUGGGACACGGCCGGGCAGGAGCGGUACCGGGCCAUCACCUCAGCGUACUACCGGGGGGCAGUGGGAGCUCUGCUGGUCUAUGACAUUGCCAAGUACCUGACGUAUGAGAAUGCAGAGCGCUGGCUGAAGGAGCUGCAGGACCACGCUGAUGCCAACAUUGUCAUCAUGCUGGUGGGCAACAAGAGUGACCUGCGGCACCUACGGGCCGUGCCCACCGAUGAGGCCAGGAGCUUUGCAGAGAAGAACGGGCUGUCCUUCCUUGAGACGUCUGCUCUGGAUUCCACCAACGUGGAGACAGCUUUCCACAACAUUCUCUCGGGCCUUUAUUUUUGCGUGAUGCCAGAGAGAUGAAAAUACCUGGAUGGAACAUGUGAUCGGUUUCCAAUAGUAACAAUCCUGACUACAGGUUUCCUAUGAUGUUAAAAGAAAUGAGGAAAAGAAAAAAAUAAAAAAGCUAACACAAAAUAAUAGGGAAUGGACUUUGAAUGGAAGGGCCACACAGUCGGCAGGGCUGGGUGACUUUGUGGCCAGCUGGCUCAGCACGAGGCGGGAGUGCUGUGGGGCAGGACCGUGCCACAGCGCCCAGACCCGAGGGAAAGCGGAUACACCAAACUUGGACAUCAGCCUGAAGCGAGGAUGAGAGGAAGCACAGGUGGUGCUGUGCAAGCAAAGCAUGAAGGGCUGGGGAGGGCUGUGCUGCCCCGGGUGAAUAUCAGCGAGAGCGGCUGCUGGGGGGACCCAGGGCUUGGGGGUCGUUUUAGCACGAGUCGUGUGGGGAAUCCCGCUGGAGCCGGCCUGCCGGGGUCCCCACGGCAGCACGCUGAAACCUGGAUCUCUUUGAUACCGGGGCAGAGCCAGAGGAAGUCCUCUGCAGCCCUACGGGCUCCCGACUUCGAAGUCGGAUGCCCGGGGGCUGCUCUGGGCAUCCCUGGGGAUUUCCUUGGCUUGCCUGGGGCUGGGAUCAGAGCUGGCUCUGCAGCAGUUGCCAGACCUGCCAGUCUGGGAUCCGCCAGCCCUCUGCCCAUUGCCUUUCAUGUUUGCUUAACACUGCUUUCGAACUCAGGAGCAAAUCCCUUACUGCAAAACAAGAUCCAGCCCCUGGUCUUUUUUUCCCCUUUUUUUUUUUUUACAAUUAUCUUGAACAGAAUUCAUAAAGAAAAAGGUAAAAAGAAUGCUUAUGGUUUCACAGAUAAGCAAAACAGCCUGUGACCACGUCUUGUGUCCCAGCUCCUGGGAGCCAAGAACAGAUCUCAAUGGCCACACCACACUGCUACGUCUCACCGCUCCAUUUCUCUGCUAGUUGUUUCAAAAGCAUCAUCAUAAGCCCGGAAAGCACAUCCUGCUGUCAGCAACCCAGUGCCACCACUGGAUGGGGAAUUCAUUUUUGCACAGGCAGUAGUGGAACUACUCCAGAUUUUACAUUAGUGUCACUUUAGUGGGGGUGACUUUCAAUUUGCUCCAUUGGCAGCCCUGAAGCGAUGCUGGAGCAGAUCCAGCGGGGAUGCCGCAGCCUGCCAGGGCUGCACUGACUCCAGAUUCCAGUAGAGUAACCCACUGGAAUGGGGGAGUCACAUGGGAGGGAGGCAGGAGCUGCCCAACCUCUGCUGGCACGGCACGGGCAAACCAAAGUCUGCCUAGCACAAUUCCAGCUGAAUUUUUCACUGGGUCAGCUGACAGCAGGACAUGACUUCAAGUUUCUACAGGAUGUGAAAACCCACACUAAAACACAGAGAUUCCUCCCUAACAUCCUAGAAAGGGUUUUGGAAGAACCAGCCCACGCUGGCUCUGCUGCCACCAAGGACACCUUGCUGGGGCUCAGCAGAGGUGGGACAGGACCCACCAUCCGUACACAAGUGAGGAUAAAGUGCAUCCACUCUCCAGUCCAGGGCACCACUGUACAAUGUCCAUCACUGACGCUUUUUCAAGUAUCAACUAAAAAAAAUGAGGUAAAACAAAACUGAAAGAGCAAACAGGCCGCCUCGCCACCCCAGCAGGGAAGGACCAGGCGCUUGAUUCCACCGAGCAUGAACCCCCCUGGAAGUGCAGGAGACACCGUGCCCUGCUUCACAAAACACCCCAGGGUGCCAGGAGGGUCCUGGGGAGGGAUCUCAGAUUCACAGUGCUAUUUAUACGCAGAAACCUAAUGACAACUGUCUUCAUUCCUGUCCUGACCUAUUGCAUGGCUUUGCUGAGUGAUGAAUGCUGGUAAAGGCUACCCCAGCCCCCAGAGCAGGCAUUGUCAGGGGGCAAGGGGCAGCACCACGCUCCUUGAAGGCAUCUGUGUGGAUGCUCCCGAGCUGCAGGAGAUCCGUGGGUUUGCUACGGCUGAGCCAACACAGAGAGGAGCAAAGGCUAAACCCAGAGGGAACCAACCUCCAAGGGCGUUUUCCUUGCGGCAUUGGCUUUGCUAAACGACAACGUUGCCUCUUGGAUGUUUCUUUCUGAAUUCUCUCCUUUAAGCAGAGAUUUUGGUGCAGUGAAAAGCACCACCAGUGCUGGCCUGUGUCUGGAAUGAACGGAGCAGCUGGCAGGGGCUGUCUUGCCCUGCCCUGCGGUGCCCAGAGCGUGUCUGCCAUCACAGUACCCCCUGCGUGCCGCCAGCUCGAGGAGCCCUUGCUCCCACUCUCAGCAUUGCAGGGACUCAGGAUCCAUCCAGAGACAACCCCCUGUGCUGGCUAAGAACAGCCUUCAGCCUCCUCUGUGCUGCUGCAGCCAAAAUCCAGGCAUAUGCCACAAGUGUCACUGUCCCUGAUCAGGACAGCGUCGGGGCAGCUGCCGGGAAGCAAAUGGGGAAUCGGGAAUGUCGUGGCCCAUUAGGGCUGCAAGAAGGCCCCCUCGAGCCAGCAGGGCUCUUCCACACAUCUCACCCGCAGCUCCAAUGCUCGAAACUGAUAUUUGGAGGCCAAGCAAAGAAACACCCAACAAACCAAAUCUCCUGGAAGAUGCCAUGUGCUGAGCAAGUGAGCUCAUCCCGAGGUGUCUCCCACUGCAACGCAACCAGGGUGAGGGAGAACCAAGAAAAAGAAAGCGAACAAACAAAGAGGGAACAAACCAACCCUAAUGCCCUGACACUGCCCAGAGCAAGGGCAGAGCCUCUGCCCAGCACCUCGCUGCCUUCGAGCUCUGUCUGUCACCUUACAGAGGGGAGAUCACCCAAUCUUCCUUUCCUUCUCCUUCACACCUGGGAUGGUCCCACCUGCCCAUCCCAGGAUCUUCCCACACCUUUGGUGCUUGGAGAAGUUCAAAAACCAAGAACAGCCCAAGGAAAGUAACAGCAACUUUGAACAUUUUUCUGCAAUUUCCUGCUCCAAGCCCAAGGCUGGAAGUCAGAAUAAGGCAAAAAUUAAUGGCCUAAAACUUCCUUAUUUUGUUCCACGACUAGCCAAAUCUGUCUAUUUUUAUUAAAAAAGCAACAUAAACCCCCAAACGUAUCUUUUUAAAAAAAUACAUAUUAUUAGAUCCAUUUUUUGUCUUUUUUUUCCCCCUCUAUAAAAAUAACUUCAGGACUUUGAUUGACAGUAGGUACCAAUUGGUGGUCAUUAUUUUGUUAGGCUUUCGGUCAUUUAUUUGUUUGCUUCAGAAAAAUAGUACCAAAAAAAGAUGGAAUUCCUGGGGAAGUUAACAAUGAUCAUGUUCACAAGUUUAUUUUACAUUCUGCUCUGUCUGGGAUCACUUGGAUCUACUAUAGAUUAAACAAUAUGGAUAGCAUCUACUAUUUGAACUAGUUAAUUUUUUUUUAAUCUUUACUCUAGGAUUAUAUGAAAUAAAUUUGAGUGUUUAUUAUUAUUAACAUUUUUUAAUACCCAUCAACGCAAACCUUUUUUUUUUUCUUCUCAUUUUUGGUUAAAAACAAACAAAUAGGAAAAAAAUUUCUUAUUUUAAAAUGCUUCUUUGAAAGGCAACAGAGCAGAAGCAUCACCCCGUCUUCCUGCUGCUUUGGGAGGGGGAGCAGGGCACGGAGUGGAUUCGGGGUGUGAGGGGGACAGACUUCACCACCCCUCAGCCCACAGCGAGGUCACGGCUGCUCAACACAUCCCUAAAGCAGCUCCUGGGACAAGACCCCGUGAAACACUUCAGGAUGUGCCCGAGCCAAGCGUGUGCUGAAGUGAUUUCCUGCAUUCAAGGAAGCUCAGAACCCAGUGCUCCCAUUGCUCUGGCUGCUCCUGCAAUUGGUGUCUUGCAGGAGAUGUGCCCACACUAGCUUGGGGGAGCACACAGGGUGACCUGUUCCCAUCCAGGAUGGGCUGGAGCACACAGGGUGACCUGUUCCCAUCCAGGAUGGGCUGGAGCACACAGGGUGACCUGUUCCCAUCUAGGGUGGGCUGGAGCACACAGGGUGACCUGUUCCCAUCUAAGAUGGGCUGGAGCACACAGGGUGACCUGUUCCCACCUAGGAUGGGCUGGAGCACACAGGGUGACCUGUUCCCAUCUAAGAUGGGCUGGAGCACACAGGGUGACCUGUUCCCAUCUAAGAUGGGCUGGAGCACACAGGGUGACCUGUUCCCAUCUAGGGUGGGCUGGAGCCAGUCAGGAGCUUUGUGUAUCUCAGCCCCUGGCUGCUUAAAGCACCACAACAAGCCCACGGCUCUGGUCUGGCACAAGCUCCAAAGGAAUGACCAUGGAUGAACUCAAGAUCACACCUGGCCUGAACACUGGGACCAAACCCUCCUGUCCCUGCAGCCUGCCCAGCACAAGAAGAGACGGAGCCAAAGCCUAAAGGGAGGCAACAAAGACAGUGACCACCCAGUGGAUCCACAGAGCCCUCCACCAGCACGCCCAGCCAGGCCAGUAGUGGCCAUCAGUCCUGCCAGGCAAGGCCGUGGAAAGGACCACAAAUUCUCAUGUUACACUGGGCUGUCUGCAACCAGAUCAAGGACAAAACUCCUCUGGGAUGGGAUCAGUGCUGGUAACAAGGAGGAGGAGGGCAGGGAGGUGGGCAGUGCCAGCUUUGCCUUCUGAGCACCCAGCCCUCCAGCAGCCCCUGUCCCAGGGAACCACAGCAGGAGCAAACUCUGCUCCCCAGCACCCGCUGGGCAGUGGGUCAGGCCAGGUCGGGUCAGGUUGGAGCCUGGGAUGCUCAGGGUGCCCAGGAAAGGCUGUGCCACAGCAGGGCCAGGGCUCGCCAGGGCCAGCAUGGGGUGAUGCCACCCAAAGACUGCCCCAGAGCCAGCCCCGAGCUGGAGUCCACCCAGACCUUGACCCUUUCCAAGGGGACUCCCAGAUGGAGCAGCCACAGGAUGAGGGCACAGGCUUGGGUUUAUAGUGGUUUUUCUCUUCUACUUCUCUGCUUUUAAUUACCUUUUUUUUUCUCUUUUUCGGGUUUUUUGGGUUUUUUUGGUGUUUUGUUUUGUUUUUUUGUCGUUUAAAUACAUCCAACUGUGUUAAUUUCUUAUUUGUGGAAAGGGCUAUCUGCACCAUAACUAUCACCUUUACAUACACACACACACACACGAAAAAGGAAACAUAUAUUAAAAACACUUUUUAAGCAAUACUCUGGAUACAAAUGUAUUUUUUAACCUACAUAUAUUCUAAACCUUCUAAACUUUUAAGGAUCACUUUAUCAUAAAAUAAAAUAUCCUUUUUUCUUAUAAUAAAUUACCUAAUAAAAAGUAUUUUUAUUAGCCCAGUUCCUUGCUACAUUUACAUGUAAUAAAUGCAUUUAUUAAAAUAGAAUAUUAAAUUAUAAAGAAAUGUUCUAAUUUUAAAAUCUUAAUCUUUUUUUCCCUCCUCUCUCUCUCUUUAAAAAACACCAGGAAAUGCAUCAAAAUAAACCCUUCAAACACCAAACAAAACAGGUUGGAGUAUUUUGAUUUCAGAGGUUAACAAUAUUAACAGUCUGAGCCUUUGUAUGUAUUAAGAUUAUUAUUUUUUAAGAAAGAAAGAAAAGAGAAAAAAAUAAUAGCUAUCCCUCCAGCUGAAAAAUACUUUUGCAAAUGGGAGCUAGGACAAGAUAUUUUUAUAGUAUCUCCUCAUUAACUAUAAAUCCAAUUUUGGUUCUUUUUUUCUUUCUUUUGUUAUGCAUUAUAAUACACACUAUUCUCUAUAUAAUUUAUGUCGAUGAGGAUGACAUCACAGCGCGAUAUUACUUUCUCCCUCCGUUUCCCUUUGUUAUGUUUUGUCACCCGCUCCCCCGCCCCGUCCCGUGUCCGAGAAUCGCAGUUCGCGAACACCCCCCGAGGACGCGGGUUUGGGACUAUCGCGACAUACCCGCAGCUCUGGUGACAUCCCACCAGUGCCGGCACCGGGGAACCCUCGCUCCCACAGCCCCGGCACUGCUCGGCUCGGCCCGGGAUAUCGCGUCCACAAGGAAAGGUGGCAGGGUGAGUCCCAAAG